UCAUGUUAUGUGGCUAAUCAAUGCGUCCUAACUAAACUACCCUGUGGGCAGGAGGGAGGUGGGGGGGAGGGACAAAAGUGAGAAACCGCCACUCUGUGAUGGAAAUAGUUGGAGAGGGGAGGGGAGACAGAGACGGCAUACAAGCCUGUGAGAAAAGAGAGAGAGAGAGGGAGAGCGGUAGAGAGAGAAAUCUGAAACUCUACCAGAGCUCCAUCUAUCACAGCAUCCAUCCAGACAGGCCAGCCUCACCCUCUCCUUAACCCAGGACUAUAACCUCGAAGUCGGACAUGGACGAUGCCAAAGUCCCCUCCAACACACUGGUGCUGGCGUUUAAAGAAGACCCGGCACUGACAGAGAUGAUGCGUCUCCGUGUGUCGUCUCUGCAGCGCUCAGGGCAGAAGCGUCAGGACGGUGAGCGUCUGCUUCUCCCCCAUGAGGCCGUGUAUCGGCUGGACUUCCCCACCCAGGAGCUGAACUUCUCCCGCUGGUACUUCUCCCUCGCUGACCACGGCCGUGUCACCAUCACCGGUAUUUCCCAGCACUGGACCCCUGACCUCACCCACCUGAUGACCCGUCAGCUACUAGAACCGAUCGGAACAUUUUGGCGAAACGCCAACGACCCGGAGGAUUCGCCGCUCAAAUGGCUGGAGGCGGACAUGCAGGAGUUCGGCGAAAGGAUUGCUGAGCUGGCCAAGGUCAGGAAGGUCAUGUACUUCCUGUUUGCUUUCAAGGAUACAGCAGAGGCCGCAAAUGUCUGCUGCUCGGUGGCGUUCACACCAGACAAAUGACUCUUCACUGUUUGUCAGUAGAAUCCUGUUAGUACUGGAGAAGCAUUGCAAUAUGUUGUCCAAUCUUAGACCUUUAAAAAACUUUGGUUCUCCUCAAAUCAAAGAAAUACAUCAUCUUAAAUAUUCUCCCUCAAAACGUCCACAGUAACAAGAUUGUAGUUCCCUCUUCUUUGUGCGCGAU